AUACGAAAUCAAUUUCAAUUUUGCCACCAUAUACGAAACAAGCAGCCAAACGGAGUCUUUUCCAAACACUAUGAGUUCACAAAAAGACUGAUCGGUCUCUCGGCUCCUCCAACGCCUUCUUCCUCCUCCUCCUCCUCCUCCUCCAUGGCUGCGACUCCAACCUCCCAUUCAAUCCUUCUAACCUCCACACCCAAUUCAUCCACUUUAACGGGUAGCAGAACCCGGAGGUUGAGGGUUUUCGCCAAAAGAUCAGACCCAUUCUCAUUUGGGCUCGGAAAAGGAGGUGGUGAUGCUUCUGGUGAAUCCGCCGAACCUGAAGACAAAACCAAUUCCAAUCCUUUCCGUUUCGACUUCGGCAAAGUUCCCGACGUUAAGUCUUUGAUUCCCGUUCUCACUAAACCAUCUUCCACCGGCGACGGUGGCGGCUUGUCUUUUGGGAACACCAGGCGUAAAGACCCUACCACCGUCUUCGUCGCCGGUGCAACCGGCCAGGCCGGCAUCCGCAUAGCUCAGUCACUUCUCCGUGAAGGUUUCUCUGUCCGUGCCGGCGUUCCUGAGCUCGCCUCUGCACAGGAAUUGGCUCGUGUCGCUGUUCAAUACAAGAUCAUAUCAAAUGAAGAAUCAAAGCGCCUCAACGCCGUCGAAUCCACAUUCCAAGAUCCUGAAUCGAUCGCGAAAGCAAUUGGAAACGCUAGCAAAGUUGUCGUGACAAUUGGACCCGCAGAGAAUGGGCCCACUGCUGAAGUCACCACAUCGGAUGCCUUACAAGUAAUCGAAGCGGCUGAACUCGCAGGCGUUGGACACGUGGCGAUUGUCUACGACGCGAACACGGCUGCAGCGUCGACUUACAACGUACUGGAUGGGCUCUCUUCUUUCUUCAGCAACAUCUUCUCGCGAUCUCAGCCGUUGAGCGUACCAGAGUUUUUGCAGAAAGUAAUCGAAACCAGCGUCAGUUACACGUUUAUAAAGACCAGUUUGACGGAUGAUUAUUCGCCUGAGAGUGCUUAUAACGUCGUCGUUUCGGCAGAGGGAAGCGCAGGUGCAAUCGACUACAAAGUAGCUCAGUCUCAAAUCGCAUCGUUGGUUGCCAAUGUUUUCUCCAACACGGCCGUGGCAGAGAAUAAGGUUGUGGAAGUAUAUACAGAUCCAUCAGCCACAUCGAAGCCUUUGGAAGGUGUUUUCAGUACCAUCCCUGUGGAUGGAAGAAGAAAAGCUUAUGCAGAAACAGUAGCAAAGGCAAAAGCAGAGGAAGAGGCAAGAGUAGCAGCUGAGAAAGCUCGUGAAGCAGCCGAGGCAACGAAGAAACUUGAACAAGAGGUGAAAAAGCUGUCCGAGCAAGAAGUUCGGGCUGCUAGUCUAGCUCAGGAUGCUCAAGUGAAAGCAGAGGCAGCUGGGGCUUCAGUUGAAAACAUAUUGAACAGAGCCAAAAACAUUAGCUCUGGACUUUCAUGGGAAAAACUCAGCGCACAGCUUGCUUCAACCGUUCAAAACCCUGUUGAUGAAACUCCCAGAGUUCAGGUUGCCACUGUGAGAGGACAGGCAAAAGCUCGGACGCUACCUGCCCUGAAAGCAGUAAUCAAGCAAACAGGUCCACGGUUUCCGGCUUUGAAAGCGAAAGAGGAUCCAAAGAAGACGAAGGGCAAACAGACGGAGGACAAGGUCGAAAAGAGGAGCGUGUUUGGUGGCCUGUUUACACAGGAAACCAUAUAUGUUGAUGAUGAUUGAUGAAGCAGUUGUUUUCCAACCCAAUGCCUAAUGUUUCAGGGUAUUUUGGUGCAGAUUUGGUAAUAUAUGUAACUUUAUUUUUAUUUUUAUUUUUUUAUGUUGUUAAUGUUGUUAUCAAUAGGUGGUUUAACUUUGAGUUUAAUUCGGCAAAGUAGUUGAACUGAUUCAAGUCUUUUCAAUAUUUAUCUUUUGUAAGAGAAAGAAUAAUUGGUUCUGUAUAUUGUAAAAGUUCUAUUAAGGUUAAUAUGCUCUUAAUUAUUUAUUUA